AUGAGUAUUAUCCGUAGCGCGAUCAAAUCGAGUUUGUGUCUCCGGCCAUUUGAUCCGGCGAUCAGUCGCAGCUCUCUUCCAUUUCUUCAGGAGUGGAGGAAAUGUCUAUCUACCGCCACCGAGCAGCCUCCUUCCUCUCCUUUACCGCCGCCGCCGUCUCCGGGAGGCUCUCCGAUCGACGGAUUAAAUAGACCUUCUGGUUCUGGAGAAGGGAGGUUGUAUGGGAAAUUUUCAGGCUUCUCAAAACACACGCUGAAGACUGAUGUCAUGAACGUACUUGAGGGAUGCAAUGUGACACCAGAGGAUCUCAGAUUCAGCUAUAUGCGUACUGGAAACUUAAAUCCCGCGGCAGUUUAUGUGCAGUUCCCUUCCCGCUCUUCAUAUGAUAACGCAAUGCGGGCAAUCGCGAAGAAAGGAAGGCUAUACAGAUUAGAAAGGGCUACUCAUUCUCAGUGGGAUCCCAUUGUUCCUUAUGACGGGAAAGUGGUUGCACUACACGGGAUUCCGCCGAAUGCUAUUAUCGAUGACAUUGAUAGGUUCUUAUCCGGCUGUCUAUAUCAUCCUGGAUCCAUCCAGUUCCUCACCAUUCAAGCACUCGGAUAUCCUAAGAGGGUGGCAUUGGUCCGUUUCACAUCACAGACGCAGGCAAUGAACGCAUACAUUACGAAGAACAGGAACUUCCUUCUCAACCAACGAAUCGCCUUGCAAGUUCUGCAGUAA